AUGCGUUUCUCUUCAGUCUUCACAGCCGUAUCGCUGCUGGGCCUGUCAGCUGCCGCUGUCCUGCCCCGUCAGGAUGAAGCCUAUGCUGGAUACCUUCUUUCUACAUUUACAGACGCGAAUCCAUCGGUCUUCUGGUAUCUCGCUGAUGCCUCUGACCCGCUGGCCUUUACGCCACUGAAUGGGGGCGAUCCGGUGCUUGCAUCCACACUUGGUACAAAGGGGGUGCGAGAUAUAUUCUUGACAUCAAACGAGGAUAGGUCGGAAUAUACCAUAAUCGCUACUGACCUCGACAUCAACGCCGCCGGCUUUUCCUGGGACCAAGCAACAAGACAAGGAAGCCGUGGCCUUAUUAUCUGGAAAUCAGAGAACCUGGUAGACUGGUCGGAACCGACGUUAUCCAUCACCAGAAUCGAAGACCCCACAGCCGGAAUGGCCUGGGCGCCCUCGGUCGUCUACAACACCACCGAAUCGCAGUACUACCUCUUCUGGGCCUCACGCCUGUACGCCGAAGACGACACUGAACACACAGGGGACGCAUCUCUCGAUCGAAUCCGCUACGCCACAACAACCGACUUCACAACCUUCAGCACCCCCGCUGACUACGUCGCCCUGGAUAGCGAGAACGUCCCCCUCAUCGACCAGGAAUUCCUCUACCUCGGCACACCAGGCCACUAUGCGCGCUUCCUCAAAGAUGAGAACCCGACAUACGUGUACCAGGAAACCACCGAGGGCGGGCUAUUCGGGGAGUGGACGCGGAACGGCGAGUAUAUAGCCGAGACUGUGUAUGAGGGCCCUGCUGCGUUUCCUGAUGUUAAUGUUGACGGGACGUAUUAUCUCCUCUUGGAUAAUUAUGAGGAAUAUGUACCGUUUCGGACGACGGAUAUCGGCUCUGGUGCGUGGGAGCAGGUUACUGGGUCCGGGCUGCCUGGGGGGUUGAAGCAUGGGAAUGUGUUUUUGUUGACCCAGGCGGAGCUUGAUGCUGUUAAGGAGCGCUAUGGAUCUUAA